UGUGUGUGUGUUAAAUGCGCCGCGCCAGUACGGUUACCUUGCGUUGAGGUCGGCACGGGCGUGGUCGAGGCCACACAUAUAUAUAUACAGCCGCCUUGCAUGAAGAAACCAGUCUACUCGAGGCAGUCAUCGUGCGCACGUCAUGAAGGCUCUGGUGCUGCUGGUUCUGGUGUCGUUGGGGCCGGCCUGCAUGGGUCGACCCACCACGGUGGUCCAGUUUAGCCCAGUCGGAUAUUCCCCGGGCGUCGCGCCGGGGUUUGCCUACGCCUUCCGCGCCCCAACUUCUGCUAAUGUUCCCCAAGCGAAGGCCUCGGGCCGCUCCCUUCGCCCGCCACGCCUCGCUGCUCCCUCCAUCUAUAAGACACAGUACCACAGUCAGGACCAGCUGGGCCAAUACGCCUUCGGCUACGUGGGCGACGCCUCCACAGCCCACGAGGUGCGCACCCUUGACGGCGCCGUGCGGGGCUCCUACACCUACGUGGACUCCGAUGGUCAACUCCAGACUGCCAACUACAUCGCCGACCACAAAGGCUUCCGCGUUGAGGCCACUAACUUGCCCCAAGCCCCGCUGCCAGAGGACCCCACGCCAGUCUUCCUGCCGCAGCCCGUGAAGGCGACGCCAGAAGUGGAGGCUGCCACGGCUGCCCACCUCCGUGCCGUCGCUGAGGUGAAGGCCGCCAGGAGAGGUGGGGCGUCACGCAGGUGAAGGACGCCAAGAGGUGAAUUGUUCCUCCCCUACCCACACGUCUUCCGUUCCUCCCUCACAACUUCUUCACACUCACACCUCGCUGAGCUCCUCGCCCACAGUCUCACCGAGAGCCUCCCCACGCACCGUCCUUCACCGACCCCUCACGGCCCACACACCACCACCCUUGCGGCCUCAUAUUACAUGGACUCGUGGCAAUAAUUAAACCCCCUUAAUAUGGCCUGAAGCGAUUCCCACGCCCUGCCCCGGAGAGCACCAGCUGAACCCCUCCCCCUGCGGGUACCACCACCCUUGGCUAAUACCCGGUGCACCUCCCGCUGGUGCACGCGGGAGGUCUCUUGACACCGACCGGCGGCUUGAAAUUAUAGAAGUCAAUUUUGGUUUAUAUUCAGUGACUGGCAGACCGCCUGGUGGCUAGACCCGGGUGGCGGGGUCUCCUCCUCUUGGCUAGGCCCUGGAUGUAGAUAAUAGAUUAUUUAUUGUAGCCCAGCUGUCCCGCCGUCGCCGCCGCCGCAGUCGAGAUAUUCACAGCUCUUCAAAAACAGUAUUAUUCCCCAACUCCCCAGUAAGUCCGCCCCGCCCCUCGCUGCCCUGCCGAGGGUAGUAGUCCUGGCGCCCUGUACUUUGAGUAAGUUCUACUGUUGUCUUUUUUGUAUUUUUAAUAAAAGUUACAUAAGCAAAA